GUGUGAUCAAUCCAGAUGAAGACCCAAGGGAUGUGGAUAUACCUGAGAAAGUUAGAAAGGUGGUUGUAUACCCUCCCAUCACAAAGAGGCAGCCUGGACGUCAUCACAAGACACGAAUUCCCUCCACAGGAGAGAUAAAGGUACCGAAGAAGAAAGUGAAUCAGAAAAAAUGUGGUAGGUGGAGGGGAGUUGGACACAACCGCACCAAUUGCGUGUGUCCCAUCUAA